AUGAUAUGGAUUUGGAAACGGCUAGAACAUGUUGUUAUUUUAACAACAAUAGUGUUAAGUACAGCCCGUUCAUUGAAAAAUGGAGAUGUCGUGAUUCAUACAGAAAAACAACUAUUAGCAGCAGAAAAUACCACAGCUUAUCGAUUACCAGAGAUCGUGGUGCCUGAAACAUAUUAUAUUCGACUUACGCCAUUUAUCACAACCGAUAAUUUUACAUUUGAUGGUGUAAUACGUAUAAUUGCCAACGUAACAAAAAAAACUUCAAAUAUUGUUCUUCAUACAGAAAAACUCAAAAUUCAUAAAGUGACUAUCGUGAGUGUCAACAAAAAAACUGGUUUAUCGAAGCUUCCAAUAAAAAAUGUCACUGAGCAAAUGAGGUAUCAAUUUUUAAAUAUAGAAAUGGAUCAACCGAUUGAUGCUAACACGAACAUUACCAUUGCAAUAUCUUACACCGGUACUAUUAACAAGGAAAUGAAAGGACUAUUUAAAAAUUCAUAUACUACAAUUAAUAACAAAACUAGAUGGAUACUUAGCACUCAAAUGGAAGCAACAGGAGCAAGAAAUGUUUUCCCGUGCUUCGAUGAACCUGCGCUAAGAGCAGUUUUUCAAAUAAGUGUGGUUGUUCCACAAAAUUACACAGCAAUUAGUAACAUGCCAGUCAGAUCGAUCACUAAGGGACAUAUUUAUGAGUUUGAAAUGUCGCCGUCGAUGCCAACUUAUUUGGUAGCCCUUGUAGUGACAGACUUCAAGAAUUUGACAAUAAAUGACGUAAAUCGUACUUACAGAGUUUGGGCACAAUCUGAGCUUGUUCAUCAGUUACCUUAUUCUCUGGCGGUAAUACCUAAAGCUUUGAGUUUCUUUGAAAAACGGCUGGGUGAACCGUAUCCUCUACCUAAAGUUGACAUGGUCGCUUUGCCCGACUUUACUGCAGAAGCUAUGGAAAAUUGGGGACUGCAGAUUUAUUCCGAAAUGCUGAUGCUUAAUGAACCCACCACUACUCCAUUACUUUUAAAAAGAUAUGUCAGAAAUCUUGUGACACAUGAAAAUGCCCAUCAAUGGUUCGGCAAUUUGGUCACACCAAAAUGGUGGGAUUAUUUGUGGUUGAAAGAAGGAUUCGCACAAUAUUUUGAGUAUCACGCUCAUGGAGAUGAAAUUUCGUCUUGGAACUUGGAAUCAGAAUUUGUUGUGGAUAUAAUGCACCAGGCGUUUACCGUUGACGCAGAAGAAGAUAUCCAUCCUAUUACCAAUAGAGUUUACAGUCCUUCAGAAAUUGCAGCCAUGUUUGAUUUGAUUUCCUACAAUAAAGCUGGUUGCAUUAUAAGAAUGCUUGAAAAAGUUUUAGGACCGAAAAUAUUUUACGGAGCUCUGGCAAGAUACAUCAAGAAGAACAAAUACUCUACUGGAACUCCGGAAUUACUAAUUGAGGCAUUUGAAGACGAAAUCAAAGCAAAUGACUACAUACUCCAUGCUAGUAUGGCUGAAGUUAUAAAUACCUGGACUAUCCAACCCGGAUUUCCAGUGGUCAACGUCCAAACCAGUGGAGAUACCGUUGCAAUAAGGCAAAAAAGAUUUUUCUUACAUCCACCGAGGAAUCACACUUUCAAUACAGCUUGGUGUGUGCCUAUCAAUUGGGUUACACAAAGCAAACCAGAUUUUAGUAAUAACAAAACAUUGAUUUGGAUCAGAGAUAACUUUACAUCGAUAUCAAUUGAAAACGCUUCCAAAGAGUGGGUCAUAUUCAAUAUCCAGCAAACUGGUUUUUACAGAGUCAACUACGAUAGUCAAAUGUGGCAGCGUAUAAUUAAUGCGCUGAAAUCCAAUGACUAUAAGCUAAUUCACGAAAUCAAUAGAGCAUCUUUGAUCGAUGACUUAUUCAAUUUAGGAAGAAUAGGCGAAGUCGAUUAUGAGAUUGUUUUUAACGCCACCCAGUAUCUUAAAAAAGAAACCAAUUACAUACCGUGGAGAGCUGCAUUUUCUGGUUUAUCUUACUUGAAAACUCGAUUGGUUGGACAUGCCGAAAUUUAUAAUCGUUUAAAGGUUUAUGUAAUAUCAUUAUUAGAGCCAAUAUAUCGAAGAUUAGGAUUCGAUGAAAAGAACGAUGAAAGUAAUUUUGAUACAUUACUAAGGAAAAACAUGUUAGAAUGGCUUUGUAGUUUAGACUAUCAAGAAUGUAUCAGCAGAGCUUGGAAUACUUUUAAUAAUUUACAGCAGAAAAAAAUUUCUGUGAUAUCACCAAAUCAACAAGGGUUCAUAUAUUGCACCGUGAUAAAACAUGGCUCAAUGAAAGAAAUCACUUAUUUGUGGCAGAAAUUCAAAAAAUCAAUUUACUCUAGUGAAAGGCACACUAUUUUGACUGCUCUGACUUGUUCACGCAAUUCAUCUCAAAUAGAAAAAAUUUUAAUUGAUGUACUUACGCUUAAACAUAAAAUUAAGCAAGAACAAGUGUCGGAGAUGAUUAAAUCAAUAGCGAAAAACUAUGAAAUUGGGCUUCCAACAAUUUUGAGUUACAUAAAACAUUAUUUUGACGACUUUAUUGAAAACAUUGAUGAUGAAAAUGACGUAAAGAAUUAUAUAAAAUUUAUUUCUACACAACUCUCAACGAAAGAUCAAGUAAAUCAGUUGGAUGCUAUUCUGAAAAAUAAUCAGGAAAAAUUAUCAAAUAUUUCAAAGUCUUUACAAUUUUUAUUAGAGAAUACGAUUUAUGAACUGAACCGACUCCGAAAUUACUCUCCUAAGAUUUUAAACUGGCUGACAAAUAAUAUUGAGAUGCAUAUAUAG